AAACCAUUGAUUAGAGAUUCUAUUCUCCAGAGUCAGUCAUCAAGGUGAAGAGCGUAAGUAAAACAUGGCGCCUCUCAAACAUCUGGAGAUGGAGAAUCCAAUCAUCGACGCAUCUUUCCGAGAUUUCUGCUCUUCUCAUGGGAUUCUCACAGUUGAAGAUUUCCUUAUUCAUGAUCUCUACGAACUUGCUGCGUUUGCUGAAAGGCAAGUAGAUGCUGAUAGAUUGAAGGAGGGUAUCACUGUCAUGCUUUCUUUGUUAGAGGUUAAGUGUCGGCCUUUGUUGAACGGUAUGGAGUUGUUGGAGGAUCUACAGCGUAAUAAACACACUCUAUCGAGUGGAGAUAACGGGACGGACUCAUUACUUCAAGGUGGGUUACGUGAGGGUCAGGUGACAGAACUUGUUGGACCAUCGUCUUCUGGUAAAACACAGUUUUGUAUGCAAGCUGCUGCGAGCGUGGCAGAGAAGCAAGAAGGCAGUGUCUUUUAUAUAGACACGGGGAACUCUUUUUCUGCCCGACGCAUUGCUCAGUUUAUCUGUGGCAGUUCGGCUGCCGCUGCUUUACAAAAGAGAGUCUUGAGCAGGAUAUCAUGUCACACGGUCUAUGACAUCUAUACAAUGUUUGAUACGCUGCAAGGUCUAGAGGUUGCGUUGAGGUCUCAGGAGCAGAUGAAUGUGAACGAGUGCCGGUUACGGUUGUUAAUUGUAGAUUCGAUCUCUUCUCUGAUAACCCCAAUCCUCGGAGGCAGUGGCUCACAGGGACGUGCUUUAAUGGUGGCACUUGGAUAUUUGCUUAAGAAGCUGGCACAUGAACAUAACAUUGCUGUUCUGGUGACGAACCACACGGUGGGUGCUGGAGAAAACGGUAAAACCAAACCGGCUCUUGGCGAAACUUGGAAAAGCAUUCCACACGUGAGACUUAUGCUAUCACGUGACAACAGGAACAACAUCUGCACUAUCUCCAUCUUAAAACACACAUCAAUGCUUUCUGGCCAGACUGUGACUCGCAAGGACAAUCAACAAUGUUUAUAGCCAACUAGUAGUGCUGGUUUCACCAGCGAAGAAUAAGCUUGGAUUUGCAAUAAACAGUGAUAGAUAUGUAAUGCUAAAAUGUACUGUUUAACAAAUGAAUAACUCAAGAUAUAUAGAUAGUUACUUUCGAAAAAAAAAACUUUAAAGAUAGUUAACAUAAGAGUCAGAGAUAAUUUUUUUUUU